AUGGGUUCUCUCAUGGCAGGCUGGGCAUCUUGUGUUCUUCAUGAUGAGAAAGAGAGAUUGGAGAGGAACAAGUCACUUACAAAAGCAGAGAUUGAUACUUACUGGAAGAUGCAUCAAGAAAAGGAAGUAGAAGAGAAAGAGAAAUUCAAAGAUGACUCUAAUUUCCUUGAAGAAGAGGAAGAAGAAAACAAGAAUAACAGGACUACUGAUUGGUGGACAAAGACCAAUUGGGCAUUUCUUAAUGAAUCCCCUCAUGAAGAAAUGAACAAGUCCAAUAACUAUGCAUCACAGUAUCAUGUUGCAGAGCUUGUGAAAAAAUCCCUAGAAUGA